AGCAGGAGAAGCCGACUCUAGUCUCUCGGCUCCACCCCGAACCGGAAAAGGUGGGUUUCCGGACGCUGCACCUGCCUGGGUGUAGGUGUAGGUGAGCCGCAGUCUCCGCGAGACCUUCCAGAAUUAUAAAGCUGUCCUCAGAGAUCCGAAAAAUGGCAACAAAUGAAAAUGUCAGCAUCUUUAGUUCAGCGUCCUUGGCUGUGGAGUAUGUAGAUUCACUGUUACCUGAGAAUCCUCUGCAAGAGCCAUUUAAAAAUGCUUGGAACUAUAUGUUAGAUAAUUAUACAAAGUUCCAGAUUGCAACAUGGGGAUCCCUGAUAAUUCACGAGGUCAUUUAUUUCUUGUUCAGUUUACCUGGAUUUUUGUUUCAAUUUAUACCUUACAUGAAAAAGUACAAAAUUCAGAAGGAUAAACCAGAAACAUGGGAAGGCCAAUGGAAAUGCUUUAAAGUACUUCUCUUUAAUCACUUUUGUAUCCAGUUUCCUUUGAUUUGUGGAACUUAUUAUUUUACAGAGUAUUUCAAUAUUCCUUAUGAUUGGGAAACAAUGCCAAGAUGGUAUUUGCUUCUGGCAAGAUGCUUUGGUUGUGCAGUGAUUGAAGAUACCUGGCACUAUUUCUUACAUAGGCUCUUGCACCACAAAAGAAUAUAUAAAUAUAUUCAUAAAAUUCAUCAUGAGUUUCAGGCUCCAUUUGGAAUGGAAGCUGAAUAUGCACAUCCCCUUGAAACGCUAAUUCUUGGAACUGGAUUUUUCAUUGGAAUUGUUCUUUUAUGUGAUCAUGUAGUUCUUCUUUGGGCAUGGGUGACCAUUCGUUUGCUAGAAACUAUCGAUGUCCACAGUGGUUAUGAUAUUCCUCUCAACCCUCUAAAUCUCAUCCCAUUCUAUGCUGGUUCUCGACAUCACGAUUUUCACCACAUGAACUUCAUUGGAAACUAUGCUUCAACAUUCACGUGGUGGGAUAGAAUUUUUGGAACAGACUCUCAAUUUAUUGCCUACACUGAAAAGAUGAAGAAGAUUAAGAAAAAGGCUGAAUAAAUAUCUAUGUAAACCUUCCUGAAGAAACACAUUUUCCUGGAUUAAAAGUAGUAGCUAACAUUGCUUCUGGGGAGCAGAAACAAACAUGUCUUGGCUGCUAAGUGAUGGAAAAAAAUUAACAACCUUUAUCUUCCUAGUGGGAACUUUUUCUAUUUUCCAUUCAAGUUCUGUAUGUGUAGAAAUAAGAAAGGAAGUUUUAAAGGCCGUGUUGCUAACUUUACAAAAAGAUUUGUGUAAAGUAAAUGGAAAAAGGAUUAACCUGUCUGUCCCUACCAUUAAUACUAUAGACCUGAAGUUGAAGUUGGUCUUUAAAUCUUAGUGGCCAUUUUAACAACUUUUAUUAGUGAAUGUUGACCUCAUCUUGAACUUUAAACGUUUUUUAGAAUUUGCCUAAAGAUCAAAAUAUGGGAUGAAUGACAUCAGUUGAUACGAUGUGAGUGGGGCUGCAAAAUCAGGAAUAGCCAACACCAAGAAUUUCUACUCUUGUCUGGAGCUGACCGAUUUGGGGUGAUUUUCUUUGAGAAGUCCUUUUGGGUCCCUACUAUUGACAUCUAUAAAUUAAAGCAAAUCUGAAUCGAUGUAAGUGGAAUAUUUUAGUCUAAAGGUUUUCAGGUUUCUUGAAUUUUAAAUAAAUAAAUAAAUAAACCUUUAUUUCUGCCACUUACUGUUUAAUAUUUGAAAAUCAGGUUUUUAUUAUACUUAAAACUGUAUCUUAAAAUUUUGUGAACCUACUUGGUGUAUUUGCACUUUGAGCUACUGAAAUAAAUGUGAUUUUUUUGCGUCUGGUUA